AUGAAUGGAACUCAAACGUCGAGCUGCUUCAACCAUGAAGCUAAAAGAAUCGGUAUUUCCUUUUAUUACUGCCUGAUUUUUGUUGUGACACUGAUCGGAAAUAUUAUCAUUGGAAUUAUAGUCUACAGGACGAGAUCCAUGCGAAAACCAAUCAACUUUUUUAUUGUAAACAUGGCCAUGUCAGAUCUGUUGUUUCCGAUUUUCUAUUUUCCAUCCAUUGUAGCAAAGAUUAACUACGGCUACUGGUUGUUAGGUGGUCCUGUAGGACAAGCUUUAUGCAAGCUAAAUUACUUCCUUGUAGAUAUCUCUGCUUUCGUGUCGAUUCAAAGUCUGGUUCUUAUAGCAGUGGAUCGAUUUGGAGCUGUAGUUUUUCCUCUCCGUUCUCCACUGAUCAGUUCAAAGCGGUGCCGUUUCUUUAUUCUCGCCACUUGGAUCAUUGCGGUUGCUGCUAAAAUCCCGGACGCGAUGACCCACGAACUUGUUGAGUAUCAGGAAGGGCUGGCAUGUGUGCACAAGUGGAAUGAAGUAUUUGGAGAGUCACUGAGUUACCGAAACUACAUAGUGUCAAUGCUUGUAGUAUUCGGGUAUGUCCCUUUGGUUUUAAUUGCCAUACUUUACAUGACUGUUGUUAUUAAACUAAAAUCUCAGAACAUUCCGGGCGAGGGAUCGGCCAACGGAAGAGAACAACAAUCGCGCAGACAGAAAAAUGUGCUGAAGAUGUCAAUUGCCAUCGUGGUAACGUUCAUAGUAUGCUGGCUGCCCGCCACAAUCUGGUGGUUCUUUGUCCUCUAUCCACCAGACAGCACUAUGACGGCAUCUUGCGGCUUCCAAUAUUUCAGAGUUAUUGCCUUUUGUGUGGCUCAUUCUAACAGUGCUAUAAACCCUUGCAUCUCUUUUAUUUUCAGUGGAAACUAUCGCCAAGGUCUUAAAAAUCUCUCGAGGUGCUGCUUUGUAUGCACCAGAGCCAACCAAGUUGCAAAGUAUUAAGGUUCACUCGCAAGUUUGAUAAGUGAAAAAGAUUAAUAAGUCAACAGCUAAAAUAGAAUUAUCGGCAGUGGAUCAGUUGUGGCCGCAGUUCAACAUUAUAAAGUAGUGCUUAGUCUGUGCCCUAAAAAAAUGCUCACGGGUUUAUAGUCUGCAAUAUUCAUAGCUGGUUAACCAGACUCCAAUCUUGUACAAUACAUUCAGGGUUUUCAUUUGAGGCCGGAGGCCGGACGUUUCGUCCGGUCGUUUGCCAUUCCACGUCCGGUACUUUGAGAUCAAUAUUGGCGAUUUUUUUUUACUACGGCGCCAAGAAAACAUUCACGUCCGGUGCUUUCAGAAGUAUGUCCGCUACUUUACAAAACAGUUGAAAACCCUGUACAUUUAGCACGUUGAAAACUUGAGUAACAAUUAAUUAAAUAGAUCUAGUUCAAAUGAGUCUAAAGAUUAUAUAGGAUAAGUCAAAAUACCUUGAAUAGAAAAGAAAGUCUUGUUUGUUGGAAAUCAUCUUUAUAGUCUCAAAAAUAUUCUUCGAGGUGCUGUUAUAUAGCUAAUUCUAAUAAAUUGAUAAAAAUUUCUUGUCAAAUUUGCUCCACAAUUAAAUUUUUGAGAUCGCGCAAUAUUUCAUUUGUACAUAGGUUUUAGAGCAAGUUAGCUCAUUGAGCAUCAUAGAAUAUUACUUAGCGAGUAGGUUAGCUGUAUAUCCCUCGCCAAUGAUGCUUUGACCUUAAUUUCAUAAAAAAGAGUGAUUUUAACAUGUUGUUUCGACAAAAAUUUCAAAUGUCUCAGUGUGGUUUUCAAAAAUUGAGGGUUGAGUGAAAUCUGAAAAUGAAUUGUUCUUCUCUCGAAAUAUGGAGAGUCAAAUACCUUCAUUGUAAAAAGAGGUUACAAUGGACACAAAGGCACAAAAGCAAUUAAGUAGACUGUCAUUUUUGAGUAAUUUAAAUCAACCUCUAAAGAAAUUGCACUUUAGACUAAAUAGCCGCUCAAUCCACCUGAAUUAAUUAACAAUGUAUUCCGACAUGCGAGGAACACAUCUUUUCCUUCCAUUAUCUGCAACCAUUUGUUUGCGUCUAAUUACUCGCUUUCGCUACACAGAGUGGUUAUGGUUUUACUUUAGAGCAGGAUAACAGCGCUAAAUUCCCAGGCCUAUCUGUUUAUGUCUAGAAGGCUAAGAAGACGACGCGAUUAUUUUUCGUAUGAAAAGAAAGACUAAGGGAAUGAGAAUCGUUCGGUACUUGCAUUUCCAAAAUGCGUAAAAAUUUUGAUAAAUCGUUUUUGCUUCCUUCGAAAGGAAAAGCGGCCGUUUGAUACAAAUUGCAAACGCAUUAUUGUCACAGAGCAAUUAUCCUACAAGUCAGACCUGAUUGGCAACACCAAGAAGACCAUAAGAGUAAAUAUAAUUUAGCGACCAUCACUUUAUCUGAAAGGAUUUUAAAAGACGAAACGAAAAAUUGUGGAGAUGCUUGAAUAAAUAAUUUUAAUAUAUAGGUAUGAUCAAUUUUUUAUAUUGAUUUUAGUUAAACGAAAUUUCCAGAGUUAGAGAACAGCUGGGUGAAGAGAAAACAGAUCUCUCAUUUACAAGAAUAAUAGAACUUAACUGCAGCUCAUUUCAAGCAGCGCAGUUAAUCCUAAAGAUGAAAGAAUCGCGAAAACUUUUUCUUAUAAUGCGGUUUCAAGAGAUAUCACGGAAACAUAAUUUUCUCUUGCUGGUAUUUCUCGAAAUAUUUGUCAACGAGACAAAAAAUUUGAGAUUGCUAAUCAACAUUUUAAUUGUAAGCACGGUUACGUCUGAUAUGUUUUAUUCGAUUUUUCUGUUUCCUAGGUAAGACAAUAAAGAACAACAACUGGUUCUCUUCUGCUUCGCAGGGGAUUUUCAAAUAUAGAACAAACUGUCCUCAGCAUAGCGUGUAGUCUUUGACUGACGUAUGAUUGGCUGCAAUAUACAUAAAGUCUUAAACACAUCAAGAAAACGGAAUGUACUGACACAAUGAGUAAAACCAAUUACAAAAAGAGAGAGCCUGGAGAUAGAGACAAGACCGUCUCAAUUUUCAAAAUGCACCAACGGCAUAGACAUAAAAAAUUAAGAAGUCACGGGAUGUUUAAAAUUAUUAACUUCUGGGUCCGUGUCUCUUGGAUCAGAUAAUGAUCAAUUUUCUCCUACAUUUUCCAUCUUUUCAAGCGAUGAGCAUAUGGCGCAAUACGUUCCGCAAACUAGACUGAUGGACUGCCACUGAACUAAUUUCAGCUAGAACGAGAGGAAAGUUUUGAGUGUCAAUGGGUCAAUGGUUUUUAUUCAUGGCGAUUCUACAUCGACCAAUUUUGCUGAAAAUGUUAAUAAUCAGCUUUCUUUUAAACAAUGGAAGUGCAUAGAUAGCAGCCAAAAUUAGUUCACGGACAAUUACCGGCUGCGGACACUGGUUUUUCAGUGUCAAUGAUGUCGGCAAACAGGACUGCAACAAUGAAUGGAAGUCAAAGAUCGAGCUGCUUCAACCAUGAAGCUAAAAGAAUCGGUAUUUCCCUUUAUUACUGCCUGAUUUUUGUUCUGACACUGAUGGGAAACAUUUUCAUUGGAAUUAUAGUCUACAGGACGAGAUCCAUGCGAAAACCAAUCAACUUUUUUAUUGUAAACAUGGCCAUGUCAGAUCUGUUGUUUCCGAUUGUCUGUUUUCCACACAUUGUAACAGAGAUGAACUUCGGCUACUAUAUUUUAGGUGGUCCUGUAGGACAAGCUUUGUGUAAGCUUAAUUACUUCCUCGUAGAUAUCUCUGCUUUCGUGUCGAUUCAGAGUCUGGUUCUCAUAGCAGUGGAUCGAUUUGGAGCUGUAGUUUUUCCUCUCCGUUCUCCACUGAUCAGUUCAAAGCGGUGCCGUUUCUUUAUUCUCACCACUUGGAUCAUUGCGGUUGCUGCUAAUAUCCCAGACGCUUUGACCUACGAACUUGUUGAGUAUCAGGAAGGGCUGGUUUGUGUGCACAAGUGGAAUGAAGUAUUUGGAGAGUCACUGAGUUACCGAAGCUACGAAGUUUCAAUGCUUUUAGCAUUCUGGUAUGUCUCUAUGGUUUUGAUUGCCAUACUUUACAUGACUGUUGUUAUUAAACUAAAAUCUCAGAACAUUCCGGGCGAGGGAUAG